AUGCCGCCUUCCAGUGGGCACCUGUUGCUCCCGAAAUUCUGGAGAGCAGCAAGGUUUGCCUAUGAGAAGGCCCUGAAGACCCUCAAGGCAAAGUUUCCUGAGCCAGCUCAACAAGUCUCGCUUCGGCUUCAACCAGCUUAUGCACGUAUUCCUACCCGUCAGCCCAUUAGCCGAGCUGCCGCUAUCCGCCAAUCCCGCAGCAAUCGCUAUUUCUCUACUCGCGCUGCAAGCUCCUUCGUUUCCUCUCUUCAAAAUGGCUUGCAUGGGGAACGCGCAGCGUAUCGUUCCUCCCGUGUUGCAGCUAAUGUCGGUCGCUUGACUAGUCGUGCCCCGUUUGCGUCGACUCUCCGCCCUAACUUGACCGGCGGCACCCUUGGCCGCACAGCUGGAGGCUAUGUCAUUGGUGCUGGACGUAUUGGUGGUGCCCGUUAUUUCUCGCAUGGUCCAGCUUCUGCUGCGCAGGUUAUCAACAAUGUGUCAAUGGGUGUGCGAGCCUUCUUCCUCUCGGGCCAAAAAGCCAGAUUUGACGGCAUCGACCCUAUCACGGGACAGAAGAGGUACAAGGCUGUGAGCGUGCUUCAAGAUCGGGUUGAGCGUGAAAUGGCAGCGAUCUCUCGCAUGGCUCCCGGUUCUUUCAUCGACUUUCAGAUUUCUCCAACCAUCACAGCUUUUGGACUUCAGAAAAAGGCUGCCUCUGCCGGUGUUCACGACCUGGAAACACUGAACUUGGACACCUUGUCCCUCCUAUCUGCCGACGUUGCACGUGCUUUGAAAGAUUUGGCUGCCGUGCUUAAUGAUCUCAAGCGUUUGUCCACGCUGGGUGAUCUGCCUAUCUUAUUACAUGACAGGUCGACCAUCCGAGUACGAUUUCCAGGGUGCGAUGCUGAGACGGUUGAGCGACUAUGCGACGAGGUCGGUGUACAGCGAGGACGGGUUAGCCAGGAUGAGGACUUCAACCUCCGGACAGGAGCUGAUCUCGCUCUCCUCUUCCCAUUUGCUCCUAGCGUAUCGGCUUCUUCGGAUGAUGUGGCUGAGUUCUUUUUCCGACAAGAAGCAUCGAAGGGACAAUCUCCUGAUGAAGUCGAUUGGCAGGCAAUGAUGACCUCCGAGGAUGGGACAGGUUACUCGCCUGAGAAUCCUCGAAAGUCGAGCAAUGGGUUUAGUUUCGAAGAUUCUCCAAUUUUUGCCGACAAGAAUCCUUGGGUAUCAUCCUCUUCAGGAUAUUCCAGCAUCAACGUCAGCGAACUCGGCGAUCGUGCCUUCUUUCCUGAGGUUUCCAGCGCCGGUUUCCCUGAAAGCGCGUCAGAGUACGAAGGAGUCGAAGGCAUCCACAGGUUCUUAGCUGAUUGUGAUCGUGCCGAGCACUUUCGUUAA